GAAGCGGACGUGGUGUCUUGGUGCCGACUUCCUGUUGUUUGAGGCCGGGUCGGGGGUGUGCGAUUGUGUGGGACGGUCUGGGGCAGCCCAGCAGCGGCUGACCCUCUGCCUGCGGGGAAGGGAGUCGCGAGGCGGCCGUCAUGGCGGUGUCGGAGAGCCAGCUCAAGAAAAUGGUGUCCAAGUACAAAUACAGAGACCUAACUGUACGUGAAACUGUCAAUGUUAUUACUCUAUACAAAGAUCUCAAACCUGUUUUGGAUUCAUAUGUUUUUAACGAUGGCAGUUCCAGGGAACUAAUGAACCUCACUGGAACAAUCCCUGUGCCUUAUAGAGGUAAUACAUAUAAUAUUCCAAUAUGCCUAUGGCUACUGGACACAUACCCAUAUAAUCCCCCUAUCUGUUUUGUUAAGCCUACUAGUUCAAUGACUAUUAAAACAGGAAAGCAUGUUGAUGCAAAUGGGAAGAUAUAUCUUCCUUAUCUACAUGAAUGGAAACACCCACAGUCAGACUUGUUGGGGCUUAUUCAGGUCAUGAUUGUGGUAUUUGGAGAUGAACCUCCAGUCUUCUCUCGUCCUAUUUCGGCAUCUUAUCCGCCAUACCAGGCAACAGGGCCACCAAAUACUUCCUACAUGCCAGGCAUGCCAGGUGGAAUCUCUCCAUACCCAUCCGGAUACCCUCCCAAUCCCAGUGGUUACCCAGGCUGUCCUUAUCCACCUGGUGGUCCAUAUCCUGCCACAACAAGUUCUCAGUACCCUUCCCAGCCUCCUGUGACCACUGUUGGUCCCAGUAGGGAUGGCACAAUCAGCGAGGACACCAUCCGAGCCUCUCUCAUCUCUGCGGUCAGUGACAAACUGAGAUGGCGGAUGAAGGAGGAAAUGGAUCGUGCCCAGGCAGAGCUCAAUGCCUUGAAACGAACAGAAGAAGACCUGAAAAAGGGUCACCAGAAACUGGAAGAGAUGGUUACCCGUUUAGAUCAAGAAGUAGCCGAGGUUGAUAAAAACAUAGAACUUUUGAAAAAGAAGGAUGAAGAACUCAGUUCGGCUCUGGAAAAAAUGGAAAAUCAGUCUGAAAACAAUGAUAUUGAUGAAGUUAUCAUUCCCACAGCUCCCUUAUACAAACAGAUCCUGAAUCUGUAUGCAGAAGAAAACGCUAUUGAAGACACUAUCUUUUACUUGGGAGAAGCCUUGAGAAGGGGAGUGAUAGACCUGGAUGUCUUCCUGAAGCAUGUACGUCUUCUAUCCCGUAAACAGUUCCAGCUGAGGGCACUAAUGCAAAAAGCAAGAAAGACUGCCGGUCUCAGUGACCUCUACUGACUUCUCUGAUACCAGCUGGAGGUUGAGCUCUUCUUAAAGUAUUCUUUUCUUCUCUUCCUUUCUCUUAUCAGUAGGUGCCCAGAAUAAGUUAUUGCAGUUUAUCAUUCAAGUGUAAAAUAUUUUGAAUCAAUAAUAUAUUUUCUGUUUUCUUCUGGUAAAGACUGGCUUUUAUUAAUGCACUUUCUAUCCUCUGUAAACUUUUUGUGCUGAAUGUUGGGACUGCUAAAUAAAAUUUGUUGCAUAA